AUGCCGAAUGAACCCACGCCAGACUCUUUGCCAGGCCCCGGCCUGGUAUAUCUUUCAGAGUCAAAACUUGACCUGCGAUCAGACGAUGAAAUCGCCGCUCAGCUAAAAUCAUACAAAGAAGUCACAUCGUCGGAUAAGAAUGUAUGGGCUUUCUGGAACACUGGGUUUGAUACAAUGCACCCAUGGACACAGCGCAAUGUCAUCAACUGGGUUCGCCGUCUGGGACCCUCCUGGACAGUACGCGUUUUGAACAAAGUACCUGGUUCACCUGUGCACGUAUCGAACUUUAUUGCAGCCGAGCACCUGCCAGAAGCUUUCAAUGCCGGCAUGAUGACAGGUCCGAACGUCGGGCCACAUUCGGGGGAUAUGGUGCGUUUGCCACUUCUAUAUCUGUAUGGAGGAGUUUGGAUGGACGUGGGCAUGAUGCUUUUCCGGCAUUUGGAUGACAUGUGUUGGAAUGCCAUUGAAGAUAGCUCGAAUUCCUACGAGAUGGCUGGCAUGUCUAUUGAGAUCAAUCCCGGGGCGACCAAUAUGCUCAAUGGCUUCAUUGCAGCGAAACGGGGAAACGGAUUUAUCAAACGAUGGCACGAUAUAUACAUGGAAGUGUGGAAGGAUGGCCGAACUGAGCAAACUGGACUACACAAACAUCCACUGUUGGCUCAUCUGCCUAUACUGUACGCGCCAACUAAUCAUCUCAACCUACCCGGUGCGUUGAAGGUCUCGCCUGAGGACUUUUCUGACUAUUUGGGUCAUUUCCAAUGCUUUGAGCGUUUGCGGAAGCUGGUGGACCCCAUUGAUGGGUUUGACGGGGCAAAAUAUCAUCGUGAGAAUAUUUUCAUGCUUCCAGCCAUGACCGAGACUUGGAAAUUUCAACUUUUGACAGCAUGGAACGGCAAAAAACAAUUCGAGCUUCUGGCCACCAAGAAAGAUAUCAAGGAUGAUGCUGAAAAGACAGAGCUAUAUGAUGAAGCUAACGAGUUUGUUCUUGACUUGCUGGCCAACACAUCGACCAUGAAGCUGUCACAUGGUCCUCCGGGUGCUCUUGAUUCAUUUCUUGCAGAUAUCUGGGACCACAAGGAUAAUCACAACAAGGACAUUGAGCCUGGAACAUUUGCCGCAUUCCUUCGUUACGGAAGCGUUCACUUCGACCAGACACGGUCGAUACAUCCUGCACCAGUACCUUUGUCAUCGGAAAAGACCUUCAAUAUUUCCGUUCUGCAGCCGUACACAGAGUUAAAAGAACAUUGGGAACAAGUUGACCUUGGAAAAGAAAUCUCAGCCUGA